UUUCUGCAAUCAGUGGUUCACCCCUGUUUUUCGUGGCCUUCAGCCAUCAGAAAGAUGAACCGGUUUCACAAACGGCCUAAAUGAUGAAAUGUUUUUCCUCUGGCACUCUGGACGGCUUCGUCUCGUUUCUUUGGCAGCCCCAAAGCUAUUGGGAGAGAUUCGUGGUGUGCCAGCCUUGAUGUCCCAAUGCAGCCUCUCUCGCCCCCUUGUCCCUGGGCCAACUGUCUCAGCUCCACAAGGCCAAGGAGUAACACCGUACAAGGAAGAGUUUGGAAAUAACCCCAGUCUAAAAAUAAAACCACAACAAGCCAACGCCCCCCCUCAAGCGUGACGUUUCCUGGACUUUUGAGUGGCAUGAAACCACCCCGAUCAUGUUGAGGGACCGUGCCAGGAUUUGGGCAUCGGUCUAUAAAUGGAGAACACCUUCCCGAUGGAGAACUGAAGAUCUUCACAAGCCCUUCCAGCUUGAAGGAGAAGGUGGUCUUGAAAAUCCAGCCAUGGAGAAUCAGAAUGGAGAGCGAAUUCCCAUGCAGAGAUACUUCUCAGCUGUCCGUCACAUGGAGCAGACCGUGAUGUUCCCCAGCCUUCUCCAGGGCGUCUUGUUGGAAGACCAAGAGGAUCCAGCCGGAACCGACUCCGAGAAGGAAUGUCCCAGGGACAGAGAUCUGUAUGACUACUUCACCCUUCUAAAAUCCAUCAAGUCCACGGUUGAAAGCGGUCUACCUCCUCUCCGCUCCAGGGAAGAAGAAGAAGCUAGGGAGAAGACUGAUCUUGAAGGACUCUUUCGGUAUCACAUUUCUGGCUUGUAUCACGUUCUCACCCAACUGACCACUCGAGCCAAUGCUGUGACUUCUAGGUACAAUGAAAUUCUGGGACAGAUCAAUCAG